UUCCCACCGCCGCUAGACAGUGCAGGAGGGGGCUCGGCCCCUGCUCCCAGCUGGAAGCAGGUCCUGCACUAGCCCCCUGGGCUCCAGGGGGGCCCCCAAAGCUGGGGUCUGGGGCAGCUGCCCCUUUUUCUCCCCCCCGUCGGCACUCUGCCUGUAGGGUCUGACAGUGCUGCUGACGGGGGAGCAAAACCGGAGUGCCGCACCGGCCCACUCUCACUUCUGGGUCCAUCAAUGGCUAUUAGCCAAGACAGUCAAGGAUGCAACCCCACGGUCUGGGUGUCCCUAGCCUCUGACUGCCGGAAGCAGGGACAGGAUGACAGGAGAUGGCUCGCUCGAUAAAUUGCCCUGCUCUGUUCAUUCCCUCUGAAGCAUCUGACAUUGGCCACUGUCAGAGACGGGAUACUGGGGUAGCGGGACCAUGGGGCUGAGCCAGUUCGUAGGUUCUUAUCAGCUAGUUCUUAUCGACAUCUCCUCCCCACAAACUGCUCUGAACCCGAUUCCCCACCUGGUACAAAUCGCCCAUAACUCUACUUGCGUCAAUGGGGCCGAUCUCAAGCUGGUGUCAAUCGGCAGUCACUCAAUUGGCGUCAAUGGGCCCAGAUCCCCUGCAGGGGUCAAUGGGCUGUAGCUACGCUGCCUUAUUCCCAAAGAACAUCUGGCCCCCCAGGUCGGGAAUACAGCCAUGUGACACCUGCACCCCCCUCCUCAGCAUCUGGCUCUGCUGUCACGGCUGGGUCCAUCGGACACCAGCAUCUCUGCGUGCUGUGGUUUCACACCUGAUUCUUGGGGAGGAGCCAGUACUUCCUCUGUAGGCUUGUGGAGACCAGCCGGAAUCCACAGGCGUCUCUUCUUCUUCUUCUCCGAUCCUCUGUUCGAAACCGAACCCGACACCGGCAUCAGAAGAUGGAGAAUGAAGACGGUUACGUCGUCAUGACCCUCCAGAUGAAGAGGAUAAACUCAACCCAGCCAUCUCCGCACGGGAGCCAAGGUUCUUCUCCCGGUCUCGACGGUUAUAAAGUUGCUGUGGGGGUUUUAGGGGCUGUGUGUGUCCUUCUGGUGUCGGCUGUGAUUGCUCAGAGUGUCUGGGGUUUCCAGGACGGAUGGGCAGAAUGCGACAUCCAGCAGGCCGCCUUCGUGUCUCGUCUCAAGCAGAGUCUGUGUGACCCAGCCUGGAGCAGCCCAGCAGGGGGCGCCGGGUGCGAACUCUGCCCCAAGGACUGGCGGGCACACAGGGGAAAGUGCUACUGGGAUUCUAGAAGGAGUCGGAUCUGGAGCGAGAGCCGGAAGGACUGUGAGUCGAGGAAUUCACAGAUGCUCGUGAUCCGGGACCAAGAGGAGAUGGAUUUCAUAAACACUAUCGCAGAAGGCACAAACCACAUCUGGAUCGGCCUGAACAUCACGUCCCACACCAGGAACUGGACCUGGGUGGACGGCUCCCCUUUAAAUCAAACACUGUUCCCGGUCUCGGGCCCUGUUGCCUCCGGCAGCUGUGGGGUGGUAAAGGGGAACUCGAUCAACUCGGAAACCUGCAGCGCCGAAUUCAAGUGGAUUUGCCAGAAAGACGCUAUCGUGGUGUGAGGCAAAUGAGAACGUCAGCGCCCCAGCAGGGUGCUCCUGCCCCAUGGUGACGAAUUUCAAAGGGCUUUAUAUACAGACGCCUCCGUCUUCUUCUGAGCUGAUGCGGAGCAACAGCUGGCAAAAUAAGGGAAUUUGAGUCCUUGAUCUAGUCCCUUUGUUCCCUUGCAUUGCUGGGAGCAGACCACAAGGUGAGGAGCAGGGGAGGAUCAAUGUUAGCUCAGUAGCUAUAGCUAGGCUUGGCAGCAUUCAAUGGUCGCAAUUUUGACUGAUAAUAUAGGUUUAUUUUUAAGCAUUUUUUUCUAUUUAAAUGUUCAUAGUUGUGGGAAUAUGUGUGUGUGUAUAUCCGGUGAAAUCGACUUUUACCAAUAAAAGCCCAACGUUUGCCAGCCUAGUUAAACCUGUACAAAAUCUGGGUGGAGCUGGCUAAGGCGGGGACCGUCUCUUUACGGUGUACGUGCAGCUCCCAGCGGGCCCUGAACUUGGCAGGGGGCUCUGAGCAAUGGUUUAAUUAAACUCCUAGACUUUUAGGCCAGAAGGGCCCAUCAUGACCAUCCAGUCUGACCGGCUCACUGCGGGCCACAGAACCUCGCCCACCCAC